GUAGACAACUUCCGGUCAAGCUAAUUAAAAUUAUUGGUGUUAUAUAAGUUAAAGUUGGCUUUUAGCUUGGGUAUUAGUGUUAGAACUGGAUCUUCUGGUUAUGUUGAUGUUACCAUUGUACAAGAAAUUUAGAGCAUUGAAGGACAGCAGACUAUAAUUCAGAAUGUUUUUGUUUUAGGUACUGAGUAGGAGUUAAGGGAUACAUCUGCAGUGACGGACAAUCUUAGCCGUCAGCGGGCAGCACUAAACAUUGACAGCUAGUGCUGUCGGAAUUACUGCCAGUCCAGAGAACCUUUUGUCGUGCAUUUUAUAGUGCGGGAACACUGACGGAUGUUCUGUUCAUGUCUACUCACUGAGAAUUAUUUUAUCUGCUGUGAGAAAUAAAGGAAAUAGAUUUGGGGGGUGGGGGGUUCAAGCUCCCUUCUGCAGCUGUUGCAGAGGCGACGGAAUGUGUGACAGAAAGAUCGGUAAUGGGGUCUGCGAGCCCGUGCAAAAGUCAGUAGCCAAAUAAUGGAUUUAAAGCUUGUGUGGUGCGACCGUCUGAAACGGAAAGUGUCAUGCGAGACAUCUCAUGAAAGUAUUUACUAAUGACUUGUGUUCCUGUCUGUGAGCUGGACAUAAAAGAUGAUUGUUAUGAGAAUAUAAUUGUUCCUUUUAACCUCUGGGCUGGUCCUGAGACUGGUGCCAUGCUCUGGGAUUCACAAUCGCAUAUGGGACUCUGCUAACACGUACUGAGAGACUAGGAGCAAGGCGUACCAUUGUAUUUUUUCUGCUGUCAUUGUAUUUUAGUAGGAGAAUCCCACUGGCUCACAAUCUCUCUGCCUGAAGAUGACAUAUACAGCCUCAGAAAAGAUAAGUCUACGACUGAUUUUGGUCAGUGGUAAAACACAAGAGUUUGACUUCUCUCCAGAUGAUUCUGCAUCUGACAUUGCUAAACACGUGUAUGAAAACUGGCCCAUGAACUGGGACGAGGAACAGGUGACCAGUCCUGAUAUUCUAAGACUGAUCUUUCAGGGGCGAUUCUUGCAUGGGAAUGUGACACUUGGAGCUCUAAAACUUCCUCCAGGAAGAACAACAGUAAUGCAUCUGGUUGCCAGGGAGACUCUUCCAGAGCCCAAUUCUCAAGGUCAAAGAAAUCGUGAUAAGACUACAGAAAGCAGCUGCUGUUUACUUUUGUAACCAAUUAGCAUUGUUAAUUCUAGAACCGUUAUCCAGAGACCAGUGGAAAUCCUUACUGUUAUUCUGCACCCCCUGCAUAUGUCUGUAGGUGGACAUUUGAGCUACUACAUCCUAGACUUUUCCAGCAUUUUGAGUGAUUUCUCUGUUAAUGAGGGAGGAAUAAUGCUCUAUUUUUUGCCUAUGGAGAAUGGCAGGCAUGAAACCAAAGCUGUUAAAAUUAAAUGCAAAACCUGGCAGACUUGAACCUGCUUUUCUCUCUGAUUUAUCCAGGUCUGUUGGUGACUUGUUAACAGAAGGAGUUUCCACUUUAAACUCAUCAAAUUUUAUGACAGACUAAUCUCAGCAGCAAAUUUUGGUGAUUUUUUUUUCAUCAAACUCAGAUUCGUUGUUUGGUUCAGACUACUCAGAUGUAUUUUGAAAGGGGGUAAAGGAAUGGUCACUGAAAACAGCUAUUCAUGUUAUAUACCUUAAAUUAACAGUUGCAGAAAGUAAUCUCUGAAAUUUGGUUGAAGGAUGAUGGAGACUGCAUGCCACAUAAGAAUCUGAUCCUUUGUUUUUGUUUGCCAUUACCAUCCUAGAGUUGCAGUAUGUCUUUGUUGUAUUUCUGUUUCAUAUGAUACUUUCUCAAGGUUUAUCACUGUAUGGAGCAUGAUUUUGUAAGUGAGGUCUGAUUAAAGCACUUUAAACUAU